GGUCGUUAUCUGUAAAUCCUAUCCUCUCUGCAACUUCUUCAGUCUUUAAAUCCCCAUCUCACUCUUUCAUUCCUCACUCUCUCUCUCUAGAAUUUGCAGCUAAGCUCUUGAAAGUUGGCUGUAGAAAUUGUUUUCAAGAUGGAUGUCAGUGGGGGUUAAAACGUGCUUCACUUCUAUGGCCAUUAUCGUCAUCAAGGCAAUGUGCGGAGGGAAGAACAGUUUUUUCUGUCUGAACCACGAUCUCAUCGUAAGCCGAAAAACCUGUACUCUAAGGUAUAGUAAAAGCAGCAGCCCGAACAUGGCAUCUAAGCCAGAUCGAGGAGAACCGAAACUUUUAUCAGGAAGUGCUAGGGGGAUCCACCAUUUCUCUACCUUUUCAAGGCCUUGGUCUUCUAAAAUUCCUGUGGGUGAUGGAUACCAUGAUUUCCUUUGAUUGAAAUCCAUUUUUGGGCCUUUCACACCUUGUCACUAUGAUACCUGUUUGUUGUUUUUGGAUAACCGAAGGAAUCAAUUGUAUAAUGGACCAUCCUCUGUUGAUAUACAAUGGACCAUUCUCUGUUGAUUCCGUUAUCGAAUUUACCAGCUACGUAUUUUAGCCUGUGAUUCAGUGUUCCCUUAAUCGUCCUUUCUAUCAUAGCUUUUAUGUUGAUGGCCAAAAGUAAGCGGUUGGCUGGAAAAAAAAUGUGUUUCUCUUUCAAAAUUGAAAAUCCUUCGGCUCCUAUGAAUGACAAACCAUUUCUUUCUGAGGUUUCUGAACCUUAUUGCCCAAUCUUACCUGGCUUGCCUGAUGAUGUUGCAAAAUACUGCCUUGCCCUCGUGCCUCGAAGUGAUUUUCCUAUUGUGGGCUCUGUUUGUAAGAGAUGGAGAUCUUUUAUAGAGAGUAAGGAGUUCCUUAAUGUGAGAAAAUGCGGAAAGUUGGAAGAAUGGCUCUAUGUGCUAACUGGUGAUUCAACAGGGAAGGCAAGCCACUGGGAAGUGUUGGGUUCUCUUGAUGGGGAGCACCACCUGCUUCCCCCCAUGCCUGGCCUUUCAAAAUCAGCUUUUGGGGUCGUUGUUUUGGAUGGAAAGCUUCUUGUUAUUGCUGGGUAUGUUACAGAAGGCAGUGGAACAAAGGGUGUCUCAUCAGAAGUGUACCAGUAUGAUUCGAGGCUUAACAGAUGGAGUGCCCUAGCUAAUUUGAACAUCGCGCGCUACGACUUUGCAUGUGCCGAGGUGGGUGGUGCUGUCUAUGUUGUUGGGGGCUACGAUGAGGAUGGUGAAUCCCUCUCAAGUGCAGAGGUCUACGACCCUGACCACAACUCAUGGACCCUUAUUGAGAGCCUCCGCCGUCCACGGUGGGGCUGCUUCGCAUGUGCCCUCAAUGGCAAGCUUUAUGUCAUGGGUGGCCGCUCCUCCUUCACCAUAGGCAACUCCAAGUUUGUGGAUAUUUAUGACCCUGACGAGCAUUCUUGGCAAGAGAUGAAAAAUGGGUGUGUCAUGGUAAUUGCGCACGCUGUGUUGGGUCAAAGGCUCUACUGUAUGGAGUGGAAGAAUCAGAGGAGGAUCACGAUUUUUGAUGCUGAGGAGGGGUUGUGGAGGGUGGCGCCAGUGCCGUUGAUGGGGAGCGAGUGCAUUGGGUUUCGGUUUGGGAUCUUGGGAGGGAAGUUGCUGUUGUUUUCUUGUGAGAAUGAGCCUGGGUACAGGACGCUCGUAUAUGACCCUGAUGCGGGGGCUGGAGGGGAGUGGCAGACAACUGAGUUGAGGCCGUCGGGGACGUGCCUGUGGAGCGUGACCAUAUGUGCUUGAGGGGUUGGUUGGGGAACCACUCUUUACGCAUGUAUUGCGACCCUCAAUCUCUAUCUUUUAUGCUUGUGGUGUGUUUGUAUUUGGGGAAUUGGUUUGGCCGAGCUGUUGUCUUCCUUUAACUGCCAUUUUUUCUUUUUGUUCUUCUACGAAGGACAUCAGUGGACGCGUUGGCAUUAUUUACUUGUUUUGUUUGUUAAACGCUUAUGUUAUUGUGUAUGUUCGUUGAAGAGGACCUAAAAGGAGAAGGUGGAUGAACAUUUAGUUGUUCUUUUGGGCAUUAGAUGGAUAGGUUUUACCUCUCUUCUAUACUGUUGGAACUGAAUGGGAUUUGCAUUUACGAGUAGAGGCAUCAAAGAGUACAGGGAGGAACCAUUUGUAUGUGAGAGAGAGAGAGAGAGAGCAAAGCUAAGCACCAUAUGGUGAUUCAAUUGAAAAAGAGAGAAGAAUUUGAGUUGAGAGAGAGGUUGUAAGGGUUCUGAGACUACCCCACAUUACGAGAGAAGAACGUAUUGGAGAUUCUGACGAAAAGCUACCUUUGAGAAAAUGUGUAUUUCUCAAAUCUCUCCCUUUAUCUGGUGCCAUGAUAUCCCUUGAUCCCAUUUUCCUUCAAGUCUCCUCUGAUGGUACUUAUCUCCUCUGAUGGUACUUAUAGACUUAGAAUUGAUGUACUUGAAGUUCCCAGUCAAUCAAUUAAGGUACGUCUGUACUCAAGAUGCCUCACAUAGACUUCUGUGAAGUGUAGUGGGGGAAUGAAUGUUAGUUGAACUAGCCAUGUGAACUUUGCUGAAAUGGUAUGCUGAACUUGAUCUAGUUAGUAUGUAUGCACUUUUAAUGUAUUUCAAAUAAUGCCAUUUCUUAAAUGGAUUAUCAUC